AUGGUCGUUAUUGGGGUAUAUACCAGGGAGGAGAUUGUUAAUCCCCAUCCAGUUGCAAAGCGGAUAGGAAGAAUGUCACCCAACAAAGACGAGUCUACUCAAGGAACAGAGAUGACCUCAGUUUCCGGCGGAGGAUCUUCCAGCCGAGCCGCCUGGACGACCCCCGAAGACCACUAUACCGCACAUAGUGAUGCGUCUCAAGCUGCUGAUGACUUGGGGCAUAGUAUCGAAAAUGCAGAAGCGGGACAGAUGUCGCAGGGGGCGAUUGAUGAUUUCAAGGAGAGGCAGGAAGAGGAGAGGAGGCGGAAGGAGGAGCUGGAGGGAGAGAUACCGUCUUUGAAAAAGAACUGA